CCUACCUUUUCUCUCUCUCCUCUCUUGUUCCAAUUUUUGCUCUCCAGCUCUCCUUCCAGGCCCAGCUUCCCACCGGGAGAGGAGGCAAGAGAGCACACAAUCCCACACCUCUUUUAUGGUGGUAAGCCUUCCAUUUUAGCUCCCAACUCUCCUUCGAGCGGGCCGGGUCUGCUUUCUUUCUCUCAGUUGUUGUUUCUAUUGCAAGAGGGGAAACACAAACGAUCUCUUUUUCUUCUGCUCUCAAGUGAUAAGAUGUGAGACGGGUGGGAUGGUGGAAGAGAGAAGGGAGGGGGAAGAAGCCUAUAAUCUAGAAGAUUACCUUAGAUUUCUAGAGGCUGACAUGGGUUACUUCAGAUCCAGGGAAGCCAUGCGUGAAAAGGCACCCUCCCAUCUUUAAGUUGGUAUUCCUGUGAUCGUCCAACCCCUUCUUUCCUAGAAUUUGGCGAAGUGGUGGUCUUCAUCGUGUUAGAUCAGCCUCCCCUUCUUUUUUUUGCCCCUCCCCCUUUUCCCAUCAUUUAAGAGAGAUUCGUGGAAAAGGGACAGUACUCAGAUCUGAGGAGCUCUAUGAGUUGGGCUAGGAGACCAGUUCAUAGUGAUGAGGAGGCGAAAGAAGCGAUGCUUUAGCAAUGACAGGUGAUGUGAUUCUUGGGGCGGGCUUCUGCUACCAGUUUUGCGGUUUCCGUUGUUGUUGUUGUUUCCACCACGACGACGCCACAGGAAGAGGAGGCGAUGGGGGAGAUGUCUCCGGUGAUUGCGUUGCCAAUUAGCAUAUGCAAUCCACUCCACGACAACCACCCAAUGGAGAUUAAUCGCCUCAAGUUGAUGACCGAUGCCGCGAGCAUGUUGUCCGAUCCCAUAGAAUCGGAGGAAGCUGAGGCUGUGACCGUGGAGGAAGGAGGCGAUGGCGACAAUCUGGAGGUCCGGUCUCUGCCUGGAAGCGAUGACGAAGAUUCCAUGUCCGUGGGGCCGGAGCACUCAGCUGAGAGCUCCAGUUCGGUAAUCAUCGAUAGCGUUCGCAUUGCGAGCACGUCGGAAGAGUUCUUGGCUUUGGAUGCAGCUGAUAGGACUGCACUAGUGGGCUCUUGUGACAUGGUGAAGAGCAUCGCUUCUGGUGUUGAGAUCAUUACUGGGGAGUUGGGUACGAGUUUGGUGACUGAGGGCGUUCCUGAUUCUGCUCUGAAAGUAGCAGCCCUCGUUGACGCGGCGAUUCAGGGUAAUCGUGCCGCUGGGAGCAGUGGGUGCGGUGUUUUGCUACGGAGUUACGUACCCCUUUGGGGUUGCAUGUCGAUUUGUGGGAGAAGGCCAGAGAUGGAGGAUGCUGUCGUGACUUUGCCAAUGUUUUGUGAAAUUCCGGUGCGGAUGCUAACUGGUGAUUGCUCGGCGGACAGCGUCGGUCCAAGUUCGAGUCGCUUGCCUGCCCAUUUCUUUGGAGUCUAUGAUGGCCAUGGUGGUGUUCAGGUCGCUAAUUACUGUAGGGAGCGCAUCCAUUUAGCAUUGAUAGAAGAGAUUGGAAAUGUAAACAGGGGUUCUAGAGACAACAGCGGGGAUGAUUGGAAGAAGCAAUGGGAAGUGGCUUUCACCAACUGUUUUGCGAAGGUUGAUGAUGAGGUUGGAGGGAAGGGUAGAGGAGUGGUUGGAAGCACAUUUGGUGCCUCUCAGGAGGGAUCGAGCUCGAGCCUUUCCUCUUCUUUGCCAUCAGAACCCAUUGCCCCAGAGACUGUUGGAUCUACUGCUGUGGUAGCUGUUAUUUGUUCGUCUCACAUUGUCAUUGCAAACUGUGGGGAUUCAAGGGCUGUACUUUGUCGUGGCAAAGAGCCAAUGGCUCUAUCUGUAGAUCAUAAGCCAAGCAGAGAUGAUGAAUAUGCCAGGAUUGAAGCAUCUGGAGGAAAGGUUAUCCAGUGGAAUGGAUACCGUGUGUUUGGCGUUCUUGCUAUGUCAAGGUCAAUUGGGGACAGAUACUUGAAACCAUGGAUCAUUCCAGAACCAGAAGUCACAAUUGUACCACGAGUGAGAGAAGAUGAAUGCCUCAUUUUAGCCAGUGAUGGCUUAUGGGAUGUCAUGUCAAACGAAGAGGUUUGUGAUGCUGCCCGCAGACGGAUUCUUCUCUGGCACAAAAAGAAUGCUGGUGCAGCCUCUUCCACACAAAGAGGUGAAGGAGCUGAUCCUGCAGCUCAAUCAGCUGCUGAGUACCUUGCAAAACUUGCUCUCCAGAAGGGCAGCAAGGAUAACAUCACCAUUAUUGUUGUUGACCUGAAAGCUCAAAGGAAGUUCAAGAGCAAAACUUCAGCAGGUUAAUCAGCUGUCAUUCUAUUAUUAGAUGAGCAAAACAAAAAAAACCUAAGAUAUAGUUUCAGUUUAGUCUCUUAAUGCAGUCGAUACAUAAGCCCGUCUAUUUUUUUUAUUUGGGCUGUAAGGGUGGUAUGAGGAAUUAUAGGCUGUGUAUGUACUAUAGGAUGCUAAAGAUAGGUUUAUUUACUAUUUCCAGUCUUAUAAUCUUGUAAUUUUCUUUCACCUGGGCAAUGUACGAGCAAUGUAAAUUCAAGCUAUUCUAGGCCCCUCUUUGCAUUUGCCUCCAAGCUUUGUGGCUGUGUGGAAAAUUAAGAUUGGAUUUCUUGCUUUCCCUCCCACAUCUCAGUUUGAGGAGAACAUUUAAGGUUAGUAUUUUUGGAUGAUGAUU